AUAAAUUAGAAUAUGGCCCGAAAAGGGGUGACUGUGCAGGAGUCCCUGGAGACAAAUGAUGAAUUCGAGGCGUAUCUGGCCAAUAACCACGAUAAGUUGAUAUGUAUAGAGGUGUACUCGGAAUUCUGCGGGCACUGCCUCGCUACAGCUUUCGCCGUGAGGAGAGGAAAGCUGGAGAUCGGUCAAGAUAGAGUCGCCAUGGCUCGGGCGGCAGCAGACAAGAUCGACGCGUUCUCUAGAUUUCGGAACAAAAGCGAACCCGUGUUCCUCUUUAUAUCGAAGGGCAAGCUGAGUCGCGCGAUGUUCGGGGCGAACGGCAUCGAGUUUUGUCGCAUCUUGGAGGAGGAGCUGGAGCUGACGCAGCAGGAGGUGCACUCCGGCACCGAGAGACCGCGGUGGAACAUACACGAGCCUCUACCUGAGGAGACGGCGAGAGAAGAAGAGCACAUAAAGCUAGCUGAGCAGCGUCGUUUAGAGGAGGAGCAAGUUCAUGCGCAGACGGUCGCAGCGCGCAAGAAGCGUAUCGCCGAGCGCCUUGCAGCACACCUAAGGAGAUAUAACUUCAUAGUGUUCUGGCCGCACUGCCACCAGGCGCACUUCGACCUGUACGAGAAGUGGGGAGUGCUGGACAUCCAGGUGUCAGCGAAGGAGGAAGUCCAGUUUACGGAAGAUGCCGUCCGCGAGCUUGUGUACAUGAGUGACCUGGACGUGAAUGAAGCCUGCCUCCACGCGCUCAUGGCCGGCGACGCGCUACUCGUCCUGUUCAAGAUGUAUGAAACUGAUGAUAGGAACUUUGUGGAGAUAAUGCGUCACGCCCUCUACGAAGAGAUCCCCGAGCCCAAGGAGGACCAGGACACGCCCCCGCAGACCGCCUUCAACACUUACGCCACCAUCAGCAAGACCAAGCGGGAGGUGCGACGGGAUAGGUAUAACGCGAGGAUGCAGAAACUGCGUGAAGAGCGAGAGGAGCGGCAAAGAUUGGCGGCGGAGCAGGCGAGACUGGCGCGAGAGGCUGAGGAGGACCGCAUACGACUGGAGACGCAGAGGCGGGAGGAGGAACGUAUGGCGCGCAUACAGGCUGGGUUGCCGGACGAGCCGGAACCGGAGCCGGAUGUGACGCCGGAGGAGGUCGUCGAGGGCGGGGAAACGGAAGUCGCCGACACAGAGCAUGUUGCUGAGGAGGAAGAAGUCCUCGAGGAGGAGUUUCACUCUGACGUGUCAGUGGAGGGGGAGGCGUACAUCCCGGCGGGGGGGCUGCUGGUCCCCGGCCUGUACUGUCCCCCCAACGACCUGGCCAAGGCCAACGCGCUCGCCUACUUCUUUCCCAAGGUGGUAUCAACGCUGACGACGCUAGAGUCGGAACACCUGCCGGCUCACGCGCUGGUGGUGUUCCCCGCGGACAAGCGACACCAGGUGCAGGAGGUCAUGCAGCAGCAUCCACACGAUAUACUCAAUUAUGGAAUGUUUGUGGGCGAGGAUCCGACGACGGCAGAGCACGUCGCCUACACCGUGCGACAGUACGACAAGUUGGACAGAAUGGCCAAACACAAGGACCGCGUGGCGGUGAUGGUGUCGGUUUCGCGCAGCCUGCCGCUGCUGCAGCUGGCGGCGCUCGGCCCCACGUACAUCAGCCCCGACGGCGACGGCGAGGCCGACUGCCGCGCGCUCUUCCCCGUCGGAUACGGCGAUGAUUAUGUCGAGGAAAUCGAAAAUGAAGAGAUACUCUCUGCACAAGAUUCUGUGACGGCAGUUUACUGAAAAUCUACAAUUUGUAGCAAUUAUUCACCAUAGUUUUUAAAUUAUUAUACUACCU